AUGUCUGAUCAAGACAGUAAUCCGAACAAAUACAGUAAACUGCGAAGUAUCUACAAAUACUACAUUGAUUCAUACGAUGCUUUGUAUCAGCUGAAAACGGAAAAAGAAGAAGAUUUAAACUCGAUUUACAAAAUGAUCAAAAUGAAUUUGAUUGAUUCAAAGAAGCGUCUUCCCCAAAUUAUAAUAAAAGAUAUUUUGGAUAUCAUCCCGUAUAAUAAUCGCUGUACAAAGUCAUAUUUAUAUCUUGCCAAACUCAUAUCAGAUGAUUAUCAAAUCAAAGAUGUCAGUAAUGUUGAACUUGUUUCAAACUUUUUGUUUUACAAAGAGUAUAGCAUUAAAUUAGACAAGUCUGCUAAUUUCAACAAAUUUAAAUCAGAAAAUCUCGACAUUCUUAAAGAAAAUACAAUUUACAGAGCAAUUAUGAAUAAUGACUUAGAAGUAUUCAUUGCAUUCACUGAAAGAGAAGCAUUUGCUGAAAAUCAAAAACUUAAAAGUAGUUUAUAUCCAUAUUCUGAAGAAAGAUUUAUAUUGCUCGCUCCAUGUUCUUAUUAUGAAUUAUCAUUACUUGAAUUAUGUUGCUACUAUGGAGCAGUUGAUUGUUUCAAGUUCUUAAGAACUAAAUUUAACUCAGAAAUAACAAAAAGAUGUCUAACAUUUUCAUUUUUGGGAAGAAAUCAAGAGAUAAUGAGCGAAUGUUUGAAACAACAAAAACCAGAUCAAGAAUGCAUGAAAUAUGCAAUUAUUUCACAUAACAUUGAUUUUGUAACAUUCUUAGUGAAUGAGCACAUCAUAAGUAUCGACUUAUCUGCUUGCGGAAAAUAUAAUAAUCUUGAUUCAUUUUUAGUUUUUUAUGAUCAAACUAAUCUUUUAGUCAGCUGCUUGGUUUUUUCACCGAUGUUCAAUAUUCCAUCCCUUUGCGAAUAUUUCCUUUCAUUAGGUGUAAAUAUCAAUAAGAAACUUUCAGAUGGAAAAACUGCUCUUCAUAUUGCAGCAUUGCAUAAUAGUAAAGAAAUAGCAGAACUUCUUAUUUCACAUGGUAUAAAUAUCAACGAAAAAGAUAAAGAUGGAAAAACUGCUCUUCAUAUUGCAGCAGAAUAUAAUAGUAAAGAAAUCGUCGAACUUCUUAUUUCACAUGGUGUAAAUAUCAAUGAAAAAGAUAAAAAUGGAGAAACUGCUCUUCGUAAAGUAGCAUUGAAUACUAGUAAAGAAACGAUUGAACUUCUUAUUUCACAUGGUGCAUAUAUCAAUGAAAAAGAUACAUAUGAAGAAACAGCUCUUCGUUUUGAAUUAAAACAUAAUAGUAAAGAAACAGCCGAGGUUCUUAAGGCUGUAGUACCACAUGAUUGCUGUAUAUGUUUGUAA